UUUAUCCUCAGCCCAGCAGACUCGACCAUUGCUUCUGAAGCGAGGUGCUGUGGUAAUCCCAAUGCGGGGACCACAUUCGGUCACCUCCAACAUGGAAACCCCGUAGUCUCGAGUCGGAGCCAAGUCAGAUUCUCGUUCAUGCUCGUGCCGUCAUCGUAGCCGUCUGUUUCUUUGAGCGUGGUCUCUCAUACCUCAAAUCUGGGUUCCGCCAACGAGACUACGCCCCAUGGCUCAAUCACAAAUCCCCCCCAAACCGUACCAGCUCGGCGAUUUCGGCCAAUCAGAAAGCAGGAGUGCUGCUUCAAAAUGCCGCCUGUACCAUAGCGCCAGCCAUCCCCGCAAGUUUUCCGCCGCUCCCGAACUGCCCGCCUUCCCCCACCAAAUCUCGUGCUGCCGCGGAAAACGUGACCGCGACUGCGCGCAGCAUGCUCGGCCGCAGGCGGGCUGCGACUGUUGCUGCGGAGCGGAGGAGUCGCAACUCAACUCGGCGCAGUUCAGUUCGCUAGGGCGAAACGAACCUACUGCGAUGUGUGAUUCGGUAUAGCCUGCAUCGGUUGGCGCUCACAGUGCUGCGGUGCAGGAGAGUCCUUUGAGCCAUCUCUAUGAGGCCGAACCUCCAGGUUUCCUGCGAUUUUUUCCUUUCGCAAGAAAGGCUCUAGGUGACGGUCUGGCUGGAAUCGCAGCAGGAGGAUCUAGGUGACGACUCUGACUGGGAUAGCAGCAGGACCUGCUAAAUUCUGCAGGAUCCCAAUCCUGCAGGAGCCAAUCAGAUCAAGCCUGUUGCGUCGAUCGCAAUUCCAGCAGACCGCAUCGGACGGUCGAGAUGGUCACCGUUUGUGAAUACCGCAUCCCCAUGCCUCUCUCUGUUCAAGAGUACCGCAUAGGCCAGCUGUACAUGGUGGUGCGUGUGAGUGAGAGGGAGAGUGACAAUAGCGAUGGUGACGGAGUGGAGGUGCUGUGCAAUGAGCCCUUCAGCAGGCAGAGAGGGGGAGGGGAAGGGUCAAAGAGUGCUGGUAGUGCUGGUAGUUCUGGGACAAGUGGCGGUGGUGUUAUUGCAAGGGGGAGCAGCAUGGGGAGGCAGAGUAUGGGAGACUGUGAUUCCUCUUCCAACGACGCCACCACCAGCAAAGCUGCCAGCGCCAGCGCCAGCAGCAGCAGCAGCAGCAAGGGUGCAGAGAGGAGUAAUGCGGCGGAGAGUAAUGCGGUGAAGAGCGUAAGGGAGAGUAGGCAUGUGAGAGAGGGAAAAGCGGGGGAAGGAUGGGAAGGGGGAGAUGAGACGGGAGAGGAAGAGAACGAGAAGAGCUCGGAAGCGGGAGGGGAUGUUGAGGAGGGGUACUUCACUCACAAGAUAUACCACCUCAACAAAAAGCUUCCCUCCUGGGUGGCGGCUCUUAUCCCCCGGCGGGCCCUUCGAGUGGAGGAGAGGUCGUGGAAUGCGUACCCACACUGCAGCCCAUUCUUCGGCAAGUUCCUUCUGCGAGUGGAGUCCCUCUAUACCGACGAUCGCCAUCCCCAGCACAAUGCCCUCUCGCUCUCCCCUGACGUGCUGGCGCGCCGCACAGUGGAAACCUUGGACAUAGCAGAGGGCAGGGGGGAGGGGAAGCUGGGGAGGGGGGAGUGGGGGGGAGCUGAGGGGGCGGGUGGCACCACCAGUGCGUGUGUGAAAGGUGCAAGUAUUCCUGCUGCUGGUGCUAGUGCCAGUCGACGUAGCAGUGGGGGGAGCAGCAGCAGCAGUGGCAGUGGCAGUGGCGGUAGUGGCAGUGGCGGUAGUGGCAGUGGCGGUCGUGGCAGUGGCAGUGGCGGUGUCGCAUCAGCUCAUCCCUCCACGUUUGUUUCGACCAAGACUGGCAGAGGGCCGUUCACACCUGGAUGGCAGGCGUCAUGCUCCGCCAUAAUGACGGCCUACAAGGUGGUCACAGUGGACGUGCCCUACUGGGGCUUCGGAUCGCGACUUGAGAAAUACAUUGCCAAUGUGCUGCAGCGGCGGCUGAGUCUGGAGACGAACCAGGCGGUGGUGUGUUGGAUGGACGAGUGGGUGGGGCUCUCGGAGCAGCAGGUCCGGGCCUUGGAGGACCGCACCUUCUCGCGCAUUAACAAGGAGCUGAAAGCAAGGCAGGGCAACCAGAGGUCGGCACAGGUGGCGGACCAGGCAUGAUGCAGCAGCAGCAGCAGCGGCACCAGCAGCAACACCAGCAGCGGCAGCAGCAGCGGCAGCAGCAGUGGCAGCAGCAGCAUCAUAAUUGCAGUGAAUACAUUGCAGCAGUCUGUAUGAGGUGACAGGCUCGUUGUGGGAAAGGGAGGGGAGGGGAGGGGAGGGGGCUCAUUUUUCAUACAGGAAUGUGUGCUUGGAACUUGGUAAUCAUAUGGGGAGAAACAGCGUGUGCUUGGUUUCCAAUGGUGCUAGACUCAUCAGAUAACCGGUUUACUAAGGGCGAAUUCCUACGAAGGUAGGAUCAGAAUAUAAAAUGCCAAAUCCAUUAUUGAUCCCGUUGCCUGGUCUAUUACGCCAACAUCUGAAACGAGGGCAGCCACCUCAGCGUUGCACAGGCGCGUCUGAUUGGCUGCCCCUACCAACACUUUUUGGACAGCCAAAAACGAGUGCUAAGCAAGCGCCGCGUGACAAUAGCACGCCGACGCACGAGUCCUCGUUAUCAGGGUAAAAUAUCCUUAUGACCUUUUUAGUUGGACCCGUAUUU